AGCGACACCGCAGCUGUUUGGUUUGGAACCAUGACUGAAGAUGACGGAUUCAGUUGUCGUGGAGGGAUAUGUCAAAUUCAGAGAUGGGAAAAAGUGGAAGGAUAGGUGGGUCGCACUCCGCAAGCCAUCGCCCGUAGCAGACUGCUUGGUACUUCUGGUCUACAAAGACAAGUCGGAUAAAGCCCAGGGCCACCGGGAGAGGGUCAGUGUCACCUUGGAGGACAUCUGUGGUCUGGAGAUAGGUCUCUCCUAUGAGGGGGUGAGCUACACGCUGGUCAUCAUCUGCCUGGGCCAGGUUGUCAUGCUGGGCUUCGACAGAAAGGAGGCUCUGCUGGCCUGGGACAUCCGCAUCCGCUACAGUCUGGGGGAAGUCCACAGGUUUAGCGUUGGUAUCUUACCAGGCACCAUGUUGGAGAGCGGGCCUGCGACCCUUCACUUGUGUAACAACCUGUUGGUCCUGGUCAGGGACAUUCUCCCCGUUAUCAUCGGACAGUGGAACCUUCCAGACCUGCGCAGAUAUGGGCCUGUACCAAACGGCUUCGUCUUUGAGGGGGGGACGCGAUGCGGCUACUGGGCUGGCGUCUUCUUCCUAUCAUCCGUGGAGGGUGAGCAGAUCAGCUUUCUGUUCGACUGCAUCGUCAGAGGCAUCUCCCCCAGCAGAUGCCCUUUUGGACUUCGGCCAGUCCUGCCAGACACCAACGCUGUCGCUAACCAGGCCUACUCUGAUAAGAGGGUGAACCAUGAGGCCCAGGAGUUGGAGAAACGACUCAACAUGCUGUCUCACCAGAGCGUCACAGCUUCCUCCACAUAUGGUCUGUCUGUGGCGGGAGACAUCUGCAGCAUAUCAGGCUCCUCUCACACCUCCGACACCAGCCAAUCAGACUCCAUCGUCGGCAGCCGGCUGGCCAUUUGGACUGAGCCUGUCACAACAAGCUCUACCCGCACAGAGACCAUCAUUGGCCAGUUACAGGCCAAGGAAAAACCGUCCACCAGCCUGGUGGGUGGAGCCCGUGUAGUAGCCAAGACCCCUCGGUCCCGGCAGCUGCAGGAGAUUGGUCGCCAGAGCUCGUCCGACAGCGGCAUCGCCACAGGAAGCCACUCCUCGUACUCUGGGAGUUUCUCCUCCUACGUGGGUAGCCUGGACUAUGGCUCCCUGCUUAGCCUGCCCCCUCACCUGUCUCUAGACCUGGCCCCCUGUACCUGUCCCAAUGCACCAGGACAUGAGUACCAGGUACCCACCUCACUGAGGUACAUCUAUGACACCCCCCGAACUCUACUGCAGGGGGGAACAGGAGGGGCCAGGGGGCAGGAUAUCUCCACAACACCUAUGGACCAGGUGGCCAGUUCACCCCCAUUAUGUGAGUCAUCACAGGGGGGGAAAGAUGCUCCUCUCGGGGGUCUCUCGGACAAUGUUGCCAGGCGCUCCACCACAGAGCUCCUGCAGAGCCACUCUGAGGAGAGCAAAAGAAGGGUGGCGCCCCCUAGUGACAGUCAACACCCAGAGUCCUGUCAGGUCUGCAGUAGUUCCCAACCCACUGCCUCCAAAACCCUCCUCACUAUCUGCCCCACCUGUGGAGGAUUCAAGGGGAACCCGCUCUCCUACACAGUGGGCUCGGCAGUGCCAGCCAUACCAGACAAGAAGCUGAAAAGUAAGGAGGAGAGGAGCAAAGUUGAGUAUGAUACCAUGGAUAGCUGGGCGUUGGAGAAGAGUUCAGAGCCAGAGGAGAAAAGCAAGUAUGAGCUGGUGGGCAGUUGUGGACAACAACGGUUCCUUCCUGAGACUGAAGGGGCCAAGUUUGUGUUUCCGCCAGACAUGGUGGCUCCAGAAAGACCCCGCGGUGAUGGUGUGACAUACGUCAAUAUUCCAAUCAGCCCCAUGUCUAAGAAACAGCUGAACUACAUGGAGCUGGAGCAUCAGGAGCAUGCUGGGGUCAGGGGGACUGGCCAACACCUUCAAGGACAGAGGAAAAGUUCCUCUAAAUAUGCCCUGAUUGACAUCACUGCUACGGAUGCCGCCCACAAAACGGGUACCCAGCAUGCCUUGGGGAGAGAGGAGGGUCUUCACACCCUGGAGCAGAGGAGGAGGGUAGUACCACAGUGACAUCCCAACUCCAAUCUUGACCUCCACAGGGCAUAUGACUGGCCUAGACUAGGCUGUUGUAUAGAAUUCACCAGAAACAUGGAUUUCCUGGGAAGCCUCAAGUUGCCGUGAUGUCAAACUCCUCUGAGAUCUGCCAGAUUUGAUAUCUUUAACACCGAUUGUUGACAGCUUCCAUUGAAUUUUGUCCCAAUUACUGGGCUCUUCCGGGGAAGGCUAACCCCAAGAAUCACGCCUUCUGCCCUCAGUGUGAAUUAUACCAACAGUAGGCCUACAGCACUGACGCUCCACAAUCAUCACAAAAGCAACAUGAAAUCAGACUCUAAGGGGAAAAAAUGAAGUUGCUGCUUGGAUGGAAGGGAACAUUUCAAUCAAGGCUCUCUUUAGCUGUGUUCACAUUGGCAGUUUAAAGUGACUCAAAUCCUAUUUAUUUGCAUUUCUGAUUUGCAUCUGCUCUUUUUCCUGCAGACUGACCAGUUCAAAAGCACAUGUAAUCGGACAUUUCAACCUACAUUUCAAACCACAUUCUUAGGUGGUUUGAAGAGAUACAAAUCUGAUUCCUGGCCAUGUAAAUUGUGGCUAAAUGGUCAAAUCUGAAUUAUGUGCCCUCAAGGGGUUUUUAGACUGUUAUUCGGCAUAUCUUGUUGCUUGCUAGCUGCUCUGUUGGCAGUUUGACGUGAACAUGCGGUAGCUAACUAGCUUGUUAAUUGUUUACCAACAAAAGAGUGAAUGUGCUAGAAAGCUAAACAGCUACCUAGCUAACUAGCCAAAAUAGAUUGGAUCAUUUUAAAAGUGUUCUUACACUAUGAUUUUGAACAUUCAAAGCAACUGGGAAAUGUCCAUGACAGGCAUUGUUGCCACCUUAUCUUGCUACCUAAAUUCUGAGGGAUCGGAUGCACAAGCACCACCACCAAUCAGCCUACAACACCGCACACACAUCUGUCAUUACUACUAGCAUAGCUUUGUCAGCAAAUGGUGUCAGAACACACUAAUCCGAUUUUGUCACUUGUAACUUGCUGUUUGGACAUUCAGUAGUCCAGAACGGAUUUGAAAAACACAACUGAUUUGAGCAAUAAGGCCUGCAGUGUGAACAAGGCUUUUGUAUAUUCAGAAAUCUCAUUAGAAGGCAUUAUGUCACUGUCACAGCCCGGGCAGACUUGGGUGGAGUGGGGGGCUGAAAGUGCCAGUCUUAGGGGGAGUCAUUACCCAGACGAGCAGUGGGUUUUUCACAGUCUUACCAGUGCCACCCCUAAUCUGAUACAAUACGAUUAGAAUCUCAUUUGGGGAAGAUGAGGGAGAUGAUGAAGAAAAAAAUGAAGAGCGUCCCCUUCCAUAACUCCUAUCUGAUUAUCAUUGUAUUAAUUCUACAGCGGUUAGUUGUACGAAAGACUUGAUUGAGGCCUUUUGAUAGAGGCUAGUUCAGCACAGGGCCGGGAAGAUAAUGGAUAAUCAGUCUCUAUUUGUCCUGUACAUUACAUGCAGUCUUACUCAUUCAGAAUGCUCACCACGCUUUUUAGAAACUUUGUGAAGCUAAUGCAACAAAGUGGGCAUAGAAGCUGCGGCGGUCUUUGUAUACCGAUGAGAACAACACAAUUAAAUCCUCAUUAAUGGCUUCUGAUGACUCAGCCCAGGCUUGUUAUUGUUCUGUGUUGUCUAAAUGAACUUUGGUUGGCUUGAGUGCGGCUAAUUGCCCACUGUUGACCACAUAUGUAGAGUUCAUUUCUAGGUGCUCUCCAUUUGUUUUUCAGCUUUCACGGUUCACGUGGCUUUGCUGAGGGACAGACAGAGCUUUAGCAACACACACCCUAUAAAUAAUUCAGAACAUGUCGAAAGAAAAUUCAUAGGAUUUUUUUUUAGCUUUGCAGAAAUGAAAAAUGUAAAACAAUAUCCCGGAAAUGUUUUUCAGAAGAGCCUUUGGCCCCCAUUAUGCACACAUACAUUUUUGAAAUAGAUAAUUUAAGACAGGAGUUCCUUUGUAUAUUUUACCUUAGAGGAAUAUAAAUUGCUUCUUGUCCGUAUUCCCUACUGUUUGUUGAAAGUUUCACCGAUAGGAAAAGAUUCUACCAUAGUAGUUACUACAUCAUUCUGUAGGAAACUGUAGUAUACUGUAGAAUACUAUAUUGCACACUGUAGUAUCCUUCGAUUGUGUAGUGCUUCCAAUAUAAUUGUAAACACAAGUAUACAACAAAAUUAUAUAGUAACUAUACUACACACUGUAGUAUCCCAUGCUCAUUUGUAGUACUUACUAUAUAAUUUAGCAGUAUACUGGAGAAUACAAUGCCACAUCCUGUAGCAUCCCUCGAUCAUGUGUAGUACAUACUAUAGAAUUUUGUAAUAUACUGUAGAAUUCUAUACUCCAAAAUUAUCCGCAAAAAAACACUUAAGUAAAUACAACAGUAAUGUACGCCUAAACACUACAGUGUCCUCAAAAACACUACAGUUUUUAAACAAUAGUCAUACUCCUAUAUUUAAUUUGCAUAUACUCCACCCAUUCCCAUCCCCCAUAUCCUAAUUUGUGCCACCCAUGAGUGAGAAACCUACAUGCCAAGUAUACACUGGCAUUUUUUAAAUCUAAAUGCUGGUGGGAGGGGAAAACUCCCCCAAAAAUGUUUGUUUGCAUGCCAGCAAAAUUGAAAAAAACAAUACAAUAAGGUGCCCACAAACUGUUAGUGCCUACAUAAAGUUGUCCAAACAGCAGAGCUUUCUUUACAGCACCAUGGAGUGAAUCCUUUGCUUAAACAAAUGUUGUUUCUACUGACAUUUGAGAUGUACAAACCAUGGCAUAAGGGGACGAUGAGUGGAUAGGAGGCGAUCCGUAAUUUCGAUUAGGACAUUAAUGAGCGAGUCAGGAUGGAUGUAGUCAAUAAAACAAUUUACUCAGCACUUUUGAAAUGUACAGCAACAUAAUUCAGAACAUAGGCGGUUUUUACCAUAUUCAGCCUGUACACCAAGUCAGAACCAUAGGAUAGAUAAAUGGGGCAUAUAAGCAGAUAAUGAACGCUCUUACAAUAUUCGAUGAUGGCAUUUCUCUUAAACAGGCUAUUGGCUACAUGUGCACCACCAACAGCUAACAGCUUACUACACAACAUACACUUAGUAAUGAUUUCUUGGCUACAGUAUACAUAUCUCCCUGGCAUAUU